GUUAGACGGCCUGUGUGUAUACCGUCCCCGGCCCCAUCCAGAGUCUAGGAAAGUCGGUGAUGAUGGAGGAAAGGAGAAUUUGGGAGAACAGGAGGAAGAACGCUAAUCAAUCUUCCAUAGAAGAUUACAUUUUGAGGUCGAAACUGAGGGAAAGCUCUCUCUCGACGGUGUGGAAGGCGGAGCGCAGAGCCACCGGUGAAGUGGUAGCGGUCAAACAGAUCCAUGUGCUGAAGCUCACGCGCCACCUCAGGAAUUGCUUGGACUGUGAGCUCAACUUUCUGUCCUCCGUCGAUCAUCCCAACAUCAUUCGCCUCUUCGAUUUCUUCAGAUAUGAAGACUGCAUAUUCCUUGUCAUGGAGUUCUGUGCUGGAGGAAAUUUGGCCUCUUACAUCCGGCGCCAUGGAAGACUUCAAGAAAUUAUAGCUAAAAGAUUCAUGCAGCAAUUAGGAGCUGGUCUGAAGGUAAUGAAGCAGAAUCACAUGGUUCACCGAGACUUAAAGCCAGAGAAUAUCUUUCUGUCUUGCUCUGAUUGCAACCCCAUCUUAAAAAUUGCUGAUUUUGGACUUUCCAGGAUUAUAUAUCCCAACGAAACUGCAGAGACUGUAUGUGGAUCACCAUUGUACAUGGCUCCGGAAAUUCUUCAGUUCCAGAGAUAUAAUGACAAGGUGGACAUGUGGAGCACAGGUGCUAUGCUGUUUGAACUCCUUAAUGGUUAUCCUCCAUUUCAUGGCCGAAAUCAUUUUCAGAUUCUGCAGAAUAUCAAGGCAUCUACAUCUCUGCCAUUUUCAAAUGCAGUCCUCCCAGAGCUGCACGGGGAGUGUGUCGACUUGUGUACGAGGUUAUUAUCCAUCAACCCAGAUCACCGCCUGUCCUUUGAUGAGUUUUAUCAACACAGUUUCUUGCGGGAAGUUUGAACAGGAACACACCCGUAUAGAGAGUAUUAUAAUUUGAUUUGGAUAAAUUAUAUAACAGCCCAGCGUGUUGUAAAAAUGUACUUUUUCCAUCCGCCUUUAAUGUUACAUUUCUUGUCAUUGUAAUUCAAAAAUAUGUUUAUAUUCAA